UUAAGGUUACACAAAACAAUUUUUAGAGUUGCGGAAGUUAGACCAACGUGGAAAUUUCUUCUCCUUCUUUGAUCAUUUUGUUUUUUUGUGUUCUAUUUUAUAUUUGACUUUGUUAAAUUCGCGUAGGCAUGCUUCCUUUGUUGUACUUUUUAUGAAAUAUAAAAUAAUUCGCUAUUUCUGGUCUCUGAGUCUGUGAUUGAGAUCCACAUAAAUGGCUUGCCGUUCAUCACAGAAGCGUUUGAAUACACAACUCAGCUGUCCUUUAUAGCAGAGGGUCAGCACAAGACCGGCUCGUGAUGCUAAACCCAUCCGCCGGCGGCGGGUCCGCAGAUGACCAGCGAAAAACGACGGUCACAACGCAGCCCAGAUUCAGCUUGUACAGAGGCCCCCGAUGCGGACACAAGACCAACCCCAUAAGUGUCAUCUUAGUGAGCUCUGGCAGCCGUGGAAACAAGUUGCUUUUCCGCUAUCCUUUCCAAAGAGCCGCCGAGUGCGCGUCUUCGCACCCAGCAAAACAGCGGAAUCGCUAUGCGCUGAAUACGACCAGAGAAGUUGAAGAUCAGGAUGGAGAUUCAAGGUUCUCCGACAGCAUCCUGGCCACAAUCCUGGCCACCAAGUCGGACAUGUGCGGCAAGCAGUUUGAGCUGAAGAUCGACAACGUACGCUUUGUGGGCCACCCGACUCUGCUGCAGCAUCCUCCCGUUAUUCAGAUGUCUAAGAGUGACCCUUCGCCAAAAAGGGAGAUGCCCACCAUGAUUCUGUUCAACGUGGUGUUUGCUCUCAGGGCAAACGCUGACCCAACAAUCAUCAGCUGCAUGCAAAACUUAUCCCGCCGGAUCGCCAUCGCGCUGCAGCACGAGGAGCGCCGCUGCCAGUACUUGACAAGGGAAGCUAAACUCAUGCUGGCCGUGCAAGAUGAGAUCACCACCGGGAGCGAAACGAAUCCACAGUCACCGUUUAGACAAAUUCUGCCUAAAUGUAAGCUGGCCAAGGACCUAAAGGAGGCGUAUGACAGCUUGUGUACGACCGGUGUGGUGCGGCUGCACAUUAAUAACUGGCUAGAGGUGAGCUUCUGUCUUCCGCAUAAGAUCCACCGCAUCGGCGGCAACUACAUACCCCCUGAGGCCUUGGAGAGCAGCCUUAAAUCUAUUAGGCCGUAUCACGCGCUGCUACUACUGGAAAGCGAGAAGGCGCUGCUGGGCCAGCUUCCAGUGGACUGCUCGCCCGCCAUGAUGCGCCUCAUCAAGACUUGCUCGGCAGUUAAGAACCUGCAGCAGCUGGCUCAAGACACCGACCUAGCGCUGCUUCAGGAUGUGUUUCAAGUUAGGCUGCGCUCCAUCUUGCUUGCUUGGAAACACAUGAUCUUUCAAAUUGCAGCACACCUGGUUUACUGGGGCAAGGCCAUCAUCAUCUACCCUCUGUGUGAGAACAACGUCUACAUGCUGUCUCCUCACGCCAACCUCUACCUGUACUCGCCUCAAGCUGAGCAGUUUGCGCAGCAGUUUCCCGGUCACGACCUUCCUUCCAUGUUGGCCAAAUUCUCCCUACCUGUCUCGUUGGCCGAGUUCAGGAACCCUCUGGAAGCUCCUGCGCAGGAGGCUCAGUUGAUCCAGAUGGUUGUGUGGAUGCUUCAGCGGCGCCUGCUUAUCCAGCUACACACAUACGUCUGCCUCAUGGUGCCCCCUGCUGAGGAAGAGCCCGCUUACAGGGACGACGACUUUCCGUCGGCCACCCGGGUUGGGGGCGGCCGCGGUCUCAGCACUCCGAGCGCGCUCAGCUUCGGCUCCCCAACCAGCAGCGACGACAUGACCCUGACCAGCCCCAGCAUGGACAAUUCCAGCGCCGAGUUGGCCCCAGGUUGCGACGACUCACCACUGAACAAAAGGAUAUUGUUGACCGAGACGCUGCUGGCCAGCCUGUCGGACCACGAGAGACAGUUCAUCCUCAACAUCCCCGCUGCGCAGAACCAGGAGGAUCUCCGGAUGUUUGCCAGGUUGCUGCACUACUUUCGGGGCCACCACCACUUGGAAGAGAUCAUGUACAACGAGAACAUGCGGCGCUCUCAUCUCAAGACGCUCUUGGACAAGUUUCGCAGCGUGCUGGUGGUGACCAAUCAUGAAGAUCCUAUCAUUUCUAUCUUUCAGUCUCCGACAGAGUAGGAGUAACUGAUGAAUAGCACUGAUGUUAAUCUUGUACUCUGCCAUUGAUAGCUAUAGACAACGAGAGCAUUUUAAUUAGGAUGCUUGGGAUUUAAUUAUGUUUCAGCGCCACUGAUGGCAAUAGUUGUCCAAUCCAGCCUUUACCAUUCAAAAUGGAUUGGACGUUUUUUAGCGCCGGAGUUCAUUUAUGAAAUCAUGGACGUCUACGUACAGCGCCGGAGUUAAUUUAUGAAAUCACAGGAAGGUUUUUAAAACAGUAUGAAGUGUGGUGAUAAUAUGCCAAAGCUACUAUAUACAUAUGUGGUCAAUGUAAAAAUAUUUAUAUUUUUAGAGCAACUGGUUCGUCCAUCACCGUCAAAGGCAGCCAAUGAGUUAAAGACAGAGAAAAGCUUGAUUUAUAACAUGAAGAAAGUUUAUUUAUGAUCAUUUAUGAACUAAAUUCAACCCAUAAAUUAUUUUUGUACCAUGUCAAGAUGCCUCAAAUGUUCAGAUAAGUGGAAAUGAUGGGGGGGCCAGAUGUCUUUGGAUUGCGGAGGGGGCACACGCUGUGUAAUGAACUUUCCAUACGUCCACCUCGCGGAUCCCGGAGGUGGGAAGACGACUAAAGACAUCAGACGGGCUGUUUUUGCGCUUUGAAGGGGAGGCGAAGGCGUUCCACACAUCUGUGGAAUCAAUGAGAGCCCAAGUUCACUCAAACCCAAAGUACGGAAGGUUAUUAAAAAGAGACCACCUCGCCCUUAAGUUGAGGUCAGACUGGUUCUGUUGCCUUUCCGCCACUUUGUCCACCACGCUAACGUAAGCGUUCCCACGGAGGUAAAAACGCAGAAGCUUCUUGGCCCACUCUCCGUGGGACUCUAUGCCGAUACGCGGCGCUGCCACCACGUCCUCACGAUGAGUGUCUCCCACGACGGGAUCUGUGUCCUCCAGCCACACUUCCGUGUCGGACGCUAGGUCCCGGCGGUCAAAAUUCCGCGGGACGUCCAGGGCCUGGCACAGUUUGGAAGGGCCGUUGCACAGCUCUUUGUCCUUGAGGGGCCGGGCCCCAUCUUUGCGUUUGGCGGCCCUCAGUUUCCUCAUGACAGGGUGGCCCUGGAGAGGCUCCAGCGAGCGCAGCAGCACAGCGGCGCCGUCGCCUGUAAGAUGUUACAUCACGUUAGGCCUCGUGGCUCCACUCCGUCUCGUUCCACUUGGCUUCAUCUCACACGAUACAUCGGGGGUUCUCCAAACUUUGUUGGUCCUGGAUUUUUUGAAGGAAGGCAUUUUUCUAAAGAGCAAAUUAAACUUUUGUGAAACAGCCUGCAUUUUACAUGUACAUUAUGUUGUUUGAUGAGGUUAAUGAAUUUUUGGGUACGAUAUGAUAAUCUCGUAGUUCUCCAAGUGUGGUAUAAGUACAACUACUAGGGUGCAGGCUCCCUCUAGUGGUACGUAUGAGAUGUUUUUAAUUUUUUAAAAGCAACGCUAGGUAACAUUUUAACCUUAAUAAAAUAUUUUUUAUAACAUUUGUGAUUAUAGGUCGACUGACAAGUUGAAUGACACCUCUUUUAUAUCUCGAGGGGGUCUGUAUCGCUUUCACCUGCAAUAAUUACCUUUGAGGAGGGGUGGCAGGAAUCCUGCUACACAAAAAAACUACAAAUGUGCUGACUGCUUACGCCAUGCGUCACUUCCCCUUUUUACCCAUUCAUUAUAAAGACUGACGUCGGUGCGAACGCUUUCACGCGAAUUCUGCUAAGAUGGCAGAGCAACAAAAGACAAAAAGUUUUGCCCGAAAAGGGGAAAAAAAGGCUACCAGAGGCUUUCACUCGCUGACGUGAUACCCCCCCAGCCCAACCUGACGAGUUGGCUGGGGUGAGGGGGGGUUAUCCAUACUAGGGCUGCAGCUAUCGAUUACUUUAGUAGUCGAUGAAUAUUUAGUUCGAAUAAUCGAGUAAUCGGAUAAGGAACAUAAAAUACCUGAAACCGUAUAAAAAAAUAAAUGAGUUAUGCACAAUAAAAAAACAAUAUGCUAACUUACAAAGUAAAAGUCCGCUAGCUUAAAUGCUAUAAAAUGCUAACUUUUUUUUUUUUUUAAACAAUGGUCUUAAACGGUUCAGACACAUAUUCCCACAAAAAAUGGCUAAAUAUACCUAUACACUAAAUUACAAGGCCACUUUAAUUAAACGAAUACUCGAAGCAGCAAAAUUUUAAUUUGAAUCUUUUUUUCUAAUCGAAUACUCGAGUUAAUCGAUUAAUCGUUGCAGGACUAAUCCACACUAAGACAAACAGUUGUUAACCGUCAUAUGCUAUUGUUUAGCCACAACUGGAUUCAUAUAUUAUCUUAUUACUAGAGAUGCCGAUCGAUCGGGUCUGAUCACAUCAUUUUCAAAGUAUCAGAAUCGGCAAAAAAAUAUUGGCCAUGCCCUUUUUAAAUAUAUAUAUAUAUAUAUAUAUAUAUAUUUUUUUUUUUAAUUAAAUCAUUUUCUAAUUGUAUUUAACGUUACAGACAUAAUGUUUCACUCUUCCAGAGUCUUUAGUUUAGGCUUAAGGUAGGGUUAUCAAAUUUAUCCUUAUAACGGCGGUAAUUCAUUUUUUAAAAAAUGUAUCACGUUAAAAUAUUUAACGCAAUUAAUGUAUGCGCUGCACGACCCACUCACGCGCUCAAUCUGUAACGGCGCCAUUUUACCUAUACAGAGAGAUAAAAGGCAGCAUAAAAUUAGAGUAGAGUGAAUGAAUUUUGGCAGCCUUUGGAGCCUUUUUUUAAUUGGCUAAUACCUUACAAUCCCUCUCCCUACGAUUAGAAAUAUCAUGGGAAGCAAUGUGGGGAAGCAAGGUAGCAAUUGAUCUUUAUCUUAACACCUUAAGUUAUUUGCCAACGCAGAGAAGAUAUAUCACUUGAUAGCACUACGCGCAGUCAUGGUUCCACUUUCCAUCAUGCAUUUAGGCAUGACUACAGUAUCAUUUACUGAAAGCUCAACAAAUACACUAGAUGGCAAUAUUUAGUCACAAUAUACAAAGUCACAUUUAUCCUUUAAGAAUUACAAGUCUUUCUAUCCUUGGAUCCCUCUCACAGAAAGAAUGUUAAUAAUGUAAAUGCCAUCUUGAGGAUUUAUUAUCAUAAUACACAAAUACAGUACUUAUGUACUGUAUGUUGAAUGUAUAUAUUCGUCCGAGUUUUAUUCAUUUUUUUUCUUAAUGCAUUGCUGAAAUGUAUAUGAUUGGGAAGAAUUAUCGGGAAUGAUUGGAAUUGAAUCGGGAACCAAAAAAAGCAAUCGGAUCGGGAAAUAUCGGGAUCGGCAGAUACUCAAAACGAUCGGAUCGGGAGCAAAAAAACAUGAUCGGAACAACCCUUCUUAUUACUAUUUAUCCUUCACACAGCCGCUGAAAAAAAAAAUUGUUUUAUCCAUCUGCAGGUGACCGUGAGAUAAUUAUUUUACGACACUGCGCGCUUGUCCUCAUGGGAAUGUUUUCCUUAAGGCAAAACACUACCGCUUUCGUCCACCGGCGUCGCUAAAAUCGACCAAAACUAAAACGUUACCUAAUGUUGCUUUAAGUACAGUUUGUAUUCAACUAACAAAAAAAAUCACAUUGAAUGUUUAAAAAUGGCUUCCUUCAAAUAUUUGGAAACAAUCUCCCUCCCAGUCAAAAUGGAUUGGACAUUGGCCCUGGUACAUACUUUGUACCAAGGGCGUAAGUUUGCAAAGGGACAGUCGGGACAUAACCCUACCAACUUUUAAGCAACCAUAUUUACAUUAUAUAAUGACUUCAGUUAUAUUGAUAAUUUACACUGUCUUCCCAUAUGUUGUCAGGAUAGAAUUGACCCUACCAUUAUUAAGGGAAUUACAGUACUUUCAUUAUGUUCAGACUUACAUUGACCCCUUUUCACAAGCUGAAUUUUAAAUUCACGUUUGUGACUUGACACCACCCCUCCACACACACACACACACACUCAUUGACACCCUCCUCCCACCGACAGUAAUACAACAUGCCGCCUCCUCCAACACCCUUCAAACAGGAGGGAUAUUAGAAGUUGUUUUUUUUUGCCGCCAGCAACAGCCACUGUAAGUAAUUUGAAAAUGUCAAUGUUGUGUAAGACACCAAUAAUUUUGCUACUGAAAGUCUGACCUGCAUCAGAGUCAGCAUAACAUUAAUCUGCAAAAUUGUAGAACUCGAGGAAGAAGCUGCUUUGAGAGAAAUAUCCUCCUGGAUGUUUUCUACUGUUAACGUUAAUUAAACUGUAAGAAAUCUAGUAAACCAAGGUUUACGCCCUUUUCCCCAGUUUUCAUUUUUAUUUCAUUUAUGUGGUCUUAAUUCUUAAAUCAUCCCAAAGGAGUUUUUUUUUUUGUUCUUGUUGAGUUUGGCUGUGCUUGUGGACAAAAGCAAGUAGUGUUUUACCUGAUGGAAGGCUCCAUUUUUAUGUAUCUUUGUUAUUCCCUAAGUUUUUUUGUUGUAUUUAAUUUGUUUGGAGAAUUUUGAGCGGUAUUAAGACAAAUGUUCAUUUUUUUUAUUUUUUUUUAUUUUUUUUUUUAUUUUUUUUUUGCAUUCCUGGAUACUUAAGAGAUGAUUAACAAGAUUGUAUUU